UCCUUCUUCUUUGUCUUGAAUGGAGUUUUAGGGUUUAUCAGAUAUUGGCGUGCUUGGUGGAGAAGAAGCGAACAAAGGUACGCUCGCCAGCUAGGUCAGAUCGGAGCAAGAAUUUUUGAUAACAUAUUACCCAUAUUCGGGGACAAGGGGCGGAACGACCUCUCGAUCUGCUUACUGCAGCCCAGGAAUAAAAACGUCGUCUAGGCGUUCCUUGUCUGGGCCAAGAGCCAUUGUUAAUUGCUGUUUCCAUUUGGUUUGGUCGGUUGUUUUUUUCUUGUUGUUGAUACCGGCAAGACCAAGCCGCUGUCUCUAACUUCUGCGUCCUUUUACCAGUUAUUUUCUUGAAGUGCUUCUUCAGAUUAGAAAAUGGAGGAGGGAAGUUCCGAUGGCAAUUGCGACCGCGAUCGAAUCCGCAACAUCUGCAUCCUCGCCCACGUCGACCAUGGCAAGACCACCCUCGCCGACCACCUAAUUGCGGCGGCGGGCGGCGGCGUCGUUCACCCGAAGCUCGCCGGGCGCGUCCGCUUCAUGGACUACCUCGACGAGGAGCAGCGGCGCGCCAUCACCAUGAAGAGCUCCUCCAUCCUCCUACGCUACCACGGCCACGCGGUGAACCUCAUCGACUCCCCUGGUCACAUCGACUUCUGCAGCGAGGUCUCCACGGCGGCCCGCCUCAGCGACGGUGCGCUCCUCCUGGUCGACGCCGUGGAGGGCGUCCACAUCCAGACACACGCCGUCCUCCGCCAGUGCUGGAUCGAGCGCCUCACCCCUUGCCUCGUUCUCAACAAGCUCGAUCGCUUGAUCACCGAACUCAAACUCACUCCCUCCGAAGCUUACACGCGCCUAUUGCGAAUCGUGCACGAGGUCAACGGAAUAGUCAGCGCUUACAAAUCAGAAAAAUACCUCUCCGACGUCGAUUCUCUACUCGCCGGCACCGGAACCACCGGCAGCACUGGUGAGACUCUGGAGGAUUACGACGAUAACGAGGACGUUUUUCAGCCGCAGAAGGGGAAUGUUAUAUUCGCUUGCGCCUUAGACGGUUGGGGAUUUGGGAUUCGUGAGUUUGCGGAGAUAUACGCGUCCAAGCUUGGUGCAAGUGUGAAUGCGUUGUUGAGAGCAUUGUGGGGACCUAGGUAUUUUAACCCUAAAACGAAGAUGAUUGUGGGGAAGAAAGGUGCUGGUGCUAAUAAAAAACCUAUGUUUGUUCAGUUUGUGUUGGAACCCUUGUGGCAGGUUUAUCAGGGGGCGUUGGAAGGGGACAAGGGGCUGGUGGAGAAGGUUAUUAGAUCGUUUAGUUUGUCGGUGCCACCGCGCGAGCUGCAGAAUAAGGAUGUGAAGGUCGUGCUGCAGGCUGUUAUGAGCCGGUGGCUUCCGCUGUCGGACGCGGUUUUGUCGAUGGUGGUUAGGUGUCUGCCGGACCCGGUUGCGGCACAGGCGUUUCGGAUAUCGAGGUUGAUUCCGAAAAGGGAGGUCGUUGGGGAUGUAGUGGAGGAGCGCGUGGUGGAGGAGGCGGAGAUGAUGAGGAAGGCAGUGGAAGGGUGUGACUGUGGGGAUGAGGUUCCUUGUGUGGCUUUCGUGUCGAAGAUGUUUGCUUUGCCGGUUAAGAUGGUGCCCGGACAGAGGGGGGAGGUUGGCAAUGGCUAUGGUGACGAAGGGGAGGGUGAUUCCGAUGAGUGUUUUCUGGCUUUUGCUAGGAUUUUUAGUGGGGUUUUAUAUGCGGGGCAGAGAGUUUUUGUGCUUUCUUCGUUGUAUGAUCCGUUGAAAGGAGAAUCGAUGCAGAAGCAUAUACAGGAGGCUGAGUUGAAAUCGUUGUAUUUGAUGAUGGGCCAAGGGUUGAAAGUUGUGACAUCUGCCAAGGCAGGAAAUAUUGUUGCCAUUGGAGGUCUUGGGCAGCAUAUAUUGAAGAGUGCUACUCUUUCUUCCACUAGGAAUUGUUGGCCUUUUUCGAGUAUGGCAUUCCAAGUUGCCCCGACUUUGAGAGUAGCGAUUGAGCCGUCCGACCCUGCUGAUGUGGGUGCGUUGCUCAGGGGCUUGAGGCUUCUCAAUCGAGCAGAUCCGUUUGUUGAGGUCACAGUGUCUUCUAGGGGAGAGCAUGUUCUUGCUGCUGCUGGAGAAGUUCAUCUUGAGAGGUGCGUAAAGGAUUUGAAGGAUAGGUUUGCCAAGGUAAGCUUGGAGGUUUCUCCGCCUCUUGUGUCCUACAAAGAAACCAUCGAGGGAGAGGUAUUGAACGUGAUGGAAAAUUUGAAAGUUCUUAGCAGGAGAUCAGAUUAUGUUGAAAAAACAACACCCAAUGGAAGAUGUGUUGUUCGGGUGCAGGUGAUGAAACUUCUACCUUCUCUGACAAAGGUGCUCGAUGAAAGCUCAGAUUUACUUGCAGAUAUCAUUGGAGUAAACUCGGGGCAUACAUUAAAAAGUUUGGAAACCCAGAGACCAAGUAUUCUUGAAAAUGAAAACCCAGUUGAAGUGCUCAAGAAACGCAUAUUGGAUGCAGUGGAGGGUGAUAUUUUGAGCAGGAAUGAAGAUGACAAGGACCAUGCAGAGAAAUGUAAAUUGAAGUGGCUAAAGGUUUUGAGGAGGAUAUGGGCACUUGGACCAAGGCAGAUUGGUCCUAACCUACUAUUCACUCCUGAUAGCAAAGCAGAGAGUACCAAUAACUCUGUCUUAAUACGUGGUUGUUCUCAUGUAUCAGAGAGGUUGGGUUUUGUGGCCGAUUCUAGUACCAGUGACUCUGUUGCCGAGAGGCCUUCAACUGCAAACCAAGCUCUGUACAUGGACGCUGAACAUCUUGAGAGUAGUGUAAUAUCUGGGUUCCAGCUGGCCACUUCAGCCGGACCCUUGUGCGAGGAACCUAUGUGGGGUUUGGCAUUUGUUGUUGAGGCUCGCAUAUCUCCAUUUUCAGGGCAUGGUGAUGAAUCUGAAACGCCCCAGCAAUCUGAGCAGUAUGGCAUCUUUGCAGGGCAGGUAAUAGCAACUGUCAAAGAUGCAUGUAGAGCAGCUGUGCUUCAGAAUAAGCCACGACUUGUAGAAGCAAUGUACUUCUGUGAAUUGAAUACACCUACUGAAUAUUUGGGUCCUAUGUAUGCUGUACUUUCCCGGAGAAGGGCCCGAAUUUUGAAGGAAGAGAUGCAAGAAGGUUCCCCUUUCUUCACUGUCCAUGCAUAUGUUCCUGUUUCUGAGAGCUUUGGUUUUGCGGAUGAGCUUAGAAGGUGGACUUCUGGUGCUGCAAGUGCACUUCUUGUCCUUAGCCACUGGGAAGCACUUUCUGAGGAUCCUUUCUUUGUACCUAAAACAGAAGAGGAAAUUGAAGAGUUUGGAGAUGGUUCUAGUGUUCUUCCAAACACCGCAAGAAAGUUAAUUGAUGCCGUCAGACGUCGCAAGGGCCUUCCUGUGGAGGAAAAGGUUGUGCAGCAUGGAACCAAGCAGAGGACACUGGCUCGUAAAGUCUGAGGCAUCUCAUCACAGUUGUCUCCUUAGCUGUUACGAGAACAUAUAGUUGUGGAAUAUGUGUAACUCAUACUUCAUGUACUGUACCGAUAGGAACAAAUUUUCAUUAUCGGUAGCGAUAUACUGGCUGUGGUGUUAUAUUCAUUUACCAUGCAGCUAUUUCACUCAUCUGACAAUCAAUUCCUAAGCCUUUGAAGGCACAAAUUGACCACUUUCAUUCUUUUCAUCUCCACCUUUUCGUCAUGAAGAGAAGCUGCUAUCAGAGGUGCAACCUUAUUCAAAGCCUGCAGCAACUGCUCUUUGCAUCUUCAACUACAGCACAACCAACACUACCCCUCGGUUGAAGAGGUGACACACGAGCAUGUCAAGAAGAAUGAGAUUGUAAAACAUCAUUCACAAGAAAUUGGACUUCAAAGACGAGUCUUUGUUGAUUUCUUCUGCAAUCCUGAGCGAUUAAGAAGCCAAGUCAGGGAACUGACUGCUCGGAUCAGAGCCUUGUAAAUUUCAUAGCAAUCCAAAUUGAUUUAACUUCCUAUACCUGCGAACCUGUGGUCGAAUCCUAGUAAGGUGCGUUGGCUCAAGCAAUAUUCUUUCCUUUCUUUUCUUACUUGAUUUGAAAAGGAUGGAAUCAAAUACUUCUUUUAUUCUGGUAGUGUAGAUAUUUAUUAGUGUAUGCUGUAUCAUCUCUCCCUAUGAAAUUGGAAUUGUUGUGCUUUACAUGUGCAAAUUAGCAAGUACAUUACAUAUACAUGUAGAUAAAAAAACUCUGAUUAAAGAAUCGGCAUGCUCCGCUUGCCUGAGUAAUUGAUGAAUUACUUCUCAACCUAAAUUUGUUGAUCAUUUGUUAUGCACCUAAUUAUUGAAAAAUUUGUCUACUGUAGUUACCAUAGCAUUUCAGAGAAUCCUUGUUCCCCAUUAGAGCUCAGUUUAAAGGGAAAAUUCGGAGUGUUCUCAGAAUUAUUCAUACAUUAUUCAUUUUUGUUUUCUUGUAUCCUUCACCAGAUAUUGUUCUUCCUUUGUUAAGCAUGACUAGAAUCUGGCCAUGUUAGGUUAUUUCCGAGUUUCUCUUAACCCAAGUGGCAAUAUGGUGUGCAUAACUUGGUCAUCCCUAUAAAUUGGGAUGCGACCAAUGCCAUAAGUUGCAAAUAAGAAAGGCAACACUUUCCAGAGGGAGAUUGGGAUCAUGAGCUUUCCCGAUCCCCGCCGCUUCAUCAAAUUUGUUGAAUAUUCUACAACUGAGUAAAAAAGCUUAGUGUAUGGAUGUUAAAAAUUUGUAGAAUAAAGGGAUUAUUUAUCUCUAAUAUACAGGGAGUCUCUUCAAUUACGAGUCCUAUAA